AUGUUCAUAGUAAAACUCAGGCUAAUUAAUGACUUCUAAAUUGAUAACUUAUUUAUAUCAUUUUAAAAUACAAGUUUUCUUCUUAAGUUAAUACUCGCAAAGGUAAACCAUCAUGUGUCAACAAGUUUUUCUAUUAUCCUUUUGAUUUGUGUAAGAUUCAACUAAGUCAGCUUGAGUUGCUAUUCUCGUAAGGUUUAUUCCGCCAAUUUUUCAUAUAUUUUAAAUUUGAAAAAUGGGAAAAUACAUCCCCACCUAAAAUGCAGUAAAUAUCUACUAAUUGCAUAAAAACUAAAUUACCUUGACCUAUUAUGUAAGAAAGUACAUCUGAUUAAAUUCUAGAAGUUAGUUAAGUACAUUUUUUAUUUAACAAAACUUCCUUCAAUUUUUAAAUUAUUCAAAAAAUAUAAGGAGAGUGCUUUUGCGUUUACUCUAAGGUAACCUCACUUUUUGAUAAUUUUAUAAUUUAACCAAUUCAUUUUUACAAGCAAAUAUAUAAUAUUACUUUUAUUAAAGCAUAAAGAAUAGCAUUUGUGCAAUUUGCAAUUUGAAAAUAGUUUUUUAAGUAAUGGAUAGAAGUCCGAAUCAUCUAACAAAACUUAAAGAAUUAAUGAAGGCUAGGAUCAGUUGAUGACAUUAUUUAUCAAGAUUAGAGUAAAUGAUGAAAGAGGAAGAAUGAUAGAAUGGAAUAUUUAGAUAAUAUGA